AUGUCACGGACCUCGGUUUAUGGGUUUAGUGUAUUUUGGGUAUUGCUCGUAAAUGAUGCUCCUGACGCGUGGAGGGACGAAAGGUCAGCAUGGAUGGUUCUGGUUGGCAAGACGAUGGGCCGAGGUCUUCUUCGCGCCAACCAACAGUCACAAGGCCAAGGCCAAGGCCAGCUCCCUUCGGUAUCGGAUGCGACCAAUACUCAUUCGCAUCUCUCUCUUUCAGCACCGGAGCCACCUUCUACACCCUCUAUUGGGCCCUCUUCGGUCAGUCCUCGAACAACGCCACCAUCAUCGAGGAGAACCUGGCCGACCAGUAUCCGGGACACCAAAAUCUGA